GAGUACAUAGUUCGCUUUUUACCCCGAUCUUGUUCGUAUCCCAAAGCAACAAUGGCGCACGUGAAUGUUUCAGGGUUUGAAUUCAGACUUUAUUGUCUACCUGUCAUUAAUCUCAAUCUUUUUUCCCUUUCUCCUCCCCUCCCCCCCACAAGCCGAAUAUUACUAGCUUAUUUGAUUCGGAGUGGGGAAAACAAUGGGACAGAAACUUUUUUCCUUCUUCUUUUGCUUCUCAUUUUCUUCCACGCGGAAAAAGCCGGCUUAAUUCGAUGACCCAUCAAUGUCACAUAAUACGAGUUGCGAGAAACGUAAGAAUGGGAGAGUGGCACUGCGUAGUAAAGCCGAGGAUAUUUUUUCCCGAGAGCGAAAGAGACCCCGCAAAAGCCCCCCAUGCUAUGCAAAUCCAUACGUAUUGUACCACAUGUACGAACGUUCCGUGAUGUUGAUGCUUUUUAAUAUCCACAACGUCAUAUGUCUGGUAUCCAUCGAGGGAGACGCACCGGGUCCGAUACACGAGAGAAGCACGUCUAACUUGCUAGUAGUUUUCGUUCAAGCUGAUGCGAUGGUUUGGCUAGGGGGCAACAUGGCGUGUGCGUGUACCAUGGUUCGCAGGAUGCGAACGGCAGCCACUCAAGACGACUACACGGACAGCAACUUCGCAUCACAAAAGACGCUAGUUUUACCGUUAACCGCGCACACGUACCAGGCGCGACUGGUCUCGGCCCGCAAUGCAUGCAGAGAUUUUCGUGAUAGAUCAGCCCAUUUUCCCAACCCCCCCCAGCCCACACUGGGAUGGCUAGUCGAGCGCUUUUGGUGCUCGAACUAUCUCGGCAGGAGCCUGUUAUUGCUUGCCCUCGAAUACGCAGGUAAGACCGACCACGCCUGGGCUAUGAUCAAAGUAGGCUAAAAAGCUCCCAUCAGGAAAAAAA